CGCCCCUUCAAAAGCCACCGUGUUUCAUUUGACCAUAAAUACAACGCGCACUCCAAAAACUUUCGGCACUUUGGUCACUAGAAUAUCAGGUAUCAGCAACGGGUCUCGGCGCCAGCUAACAGCCUGUAGGCUACGCGUGUGUUUUUGUAAGACCAACGACGGACGCGGUCCAUCUUAAGACCACGGACGAAUUGCUCUGCCACACAACAGCAGAACGGAGGCGGCUCGAACCAUGGCGAACAGAGGACACUCUUGUGAGCCGUGCGCUCUGGUAGAGUUGCGGCUGCCGGUGGGUCUCCGCUAUUUGGAUCAGGACCACAGCGCGGUGGCCCGAGCGAAAAGGCGAAGGCGGCUUGCCGCGAACGCGCGCGAACGAAGGAGGAUGCUGGGACUGAACGUGGCGUUUGACCGUUUGAGGAGCGUUAUCCCAAACGUGGAGAGCGAGAGGAAGCUGUCCAAGUCGGAGACGUUACAGAUGGCACAGAUUUACAUCGCCACGCUCAGCGAAUUAUUGCAGGACGACAACGAUGAUGGUGGCGCCGGCUGUCACACAGAGUUUCCAUGCGCAAGCUUUGACGAUGUGACAUCAGAACAGGUGAAUCCGCAGAAAUUCAUUAGCGACCAAUCUUGUGAUUCAGCGACAGAGGACACUGCGGAACGUCCCCACGCAGACACGCGCAUUAGCGAUAACAGGUGCGCGGCCAACCACGGGCAGCCCAACGAUGAGAACCACAAACUCGGGGUGAAAGAGUUCUUGGACUAUUGGGAGAGAAAAAGCGGCACAAAAUGAUCAAGGCACC